CCGCGCGCGCUAUCGAUCGCGUCUCGUACAAAUGUCCGCUGCCUUGUGUUCUCUGCCCUCCAUCCUUGCGCCCACUCCUCGUCGACAUCACUCACGUCCUCUAUCUCCACAUUCCCCGCCGCCAUGCAGAGACACACAUUCACCGCGCUCAACUCCACUUUCGUCGUAGACUCUGAGUAUCAGUUCGUCAAGGAGCUCGGCCAGGGUGCGUACGGCUGCGUCGUCGCCGCGAAACACCGCAGAACUGGCGAGGGAUGUGCGAUCAAGAAGAUCACCAACAUUAACACAAAGAGGAUCUUGACCAAACGAUGUCUGCGCGAGAUCAAACUCCUACACCAUUUCCGAGGACACAAGAACAUCACCUGCUUGUACGACAUGGACAUCGUCUUCCGUUCGGACGGAAACUUUGACGAGGUCUACUUAUACGAGGAGCUGAUGGAGGCCGAUCUGCACGCCAUCAUCCGCUCGCAGCAACCGCUCUCAGACGCCCACUUCCAGUCCUUCAUCUACCAGACCCUCUGUGGCCUCAAAUACAUUCACUCUGCCAAUGUCCUCCACCGCGACCUCAAGCCGGGCAACUUGCUCGUCAACGCCGACUGCGAGCUCAAGAUUUGCGACUUUGGGCUUGCAAGAGGGUAUAAUCCGGGCUCGGGUGCGCCUGCCAGCAAGGGUGCGGCGAACCAGGGAUUCAUGACCGAGUACGUCGCGACGCGGUGGUACCGUGCUCCGGAGAUCAUGUUGAGUUUUGCGAACUAUGGUCCCGCGAUAGAUGUCUGGUCCGUGGGAUGUAUCCUUGCCGAGCUCCUCGCUGGCAAACCCAUCUUCAAGGGCAGAGACUACGUCGAUCAACUCAACCAGAUUCUCCACUACCUUGGUACCCCUUUGGAGGACACCCUCCGCCGUGUAGGCUCUCCCCGCGCACAAGACUACAUCCGAUCGCUCCCAAUCAAGCCGCGCGUGCCGUUCCAGACGCUCUUCCCGCGCGCGAACCCGCUCGCGAUCGACCUCCUCGGCCAGCUGCUGCACUUUGAUCCCGCGAAGCGCAUCACGUGCGAGCAGGCACUGAAUCACCCUUACCUCGCUGUGUGGCACGACCCCGCGGACGAGCCCAUUUGUAACGAGACGUUCGACUUUGGGUUUGAGGAGGAGGACACGAUCGAUGGGAUGAAGCAACUCAUCGUGGAGGAGGUGCGUGAGUUCCGCGCGGAGGUUCGCCAGCAGGCACGCGCUUCGGGCCAGAUCCGCAGGCAGGAUAGCCUUCCGAUCCCAACGCGCGAGGAGAUCCUGGCGUCGCCCGUGCUCGAGCAGGCGUAUGCGGAACCGGGGCAGGCGCGUGCGGACUCGCCGGUGAUGGACGACCCGAGUGCGGAGCUGGAGCGCGAGCUGGCGGGGACGCACCUCGGGAGGGUGUGAGUGCACGGGGAUGCAUCGCGAGCGCGUGCGUGCGAGAACUUUUGAUUUUGGGUGCGGGUGCGGGUGUGGGUUCUGUGCGUAAGUUAUUUGACUUGGUUCUUGGAUGGCCACAUGGAGGAUUAUUUGAGUCGAUGUACAUAGUGAUAUCAGUCGGACGUUUGCUGUUAUGCAUAGAGUAGUCGGAG